UAUUCUUCUGUAUGGAAGUUCCCGUCAAUCACUCCAGAUGAGAAGAAACUCAGAGAAACUCCGGCUGACAACGAAAUCCCUUUAAUGCAAUGAAUCAGGCCAGUGUGUUGCUGUAAAAAAGGGUACACCCAACAUGAACCUGUGUGAGGAGAGAGAGGACGAUGUCCCACCUUCUAAAGUCUCUCUCUCUGUGGAAAACGUCAGCCAGACCAAAGCUAAGAGAAGGCCAGUCCAGCAUGAGAGACCAGACUCCCCUGAACCCAGCGUUGUGUCCAUGAAGAGUGACCACUCCAUGCCUGAACCCUUAACCUUUAGAGAUGGAAAUCACUCUACAGAGCAGAGAGUCCAGAAGGAGAGACCAGACUCCCCUGAACCCAGCGUUGUGUCCAUGAAGAGUGACCACUCCAUGCCUGAACCCUUAACCUUUAGAGAUGGAAAUCACUCUACAGAGCAGAGAGUCCAGAAGGAGAGACCAGACUCCCCUGAACCCAGCGUUGUGUCCAUGAAGAGUGACCACUCCAUGCCUGAACCCUUAACCUUUAGAGAUGGAAAUCACUCUACAGAGCAGAGAGUCCAGAAGGAGAGACCAGACCCCCCUGAACCCAGCGUUGUGUCUAUGAAGAGUGACCACUCCAUGCCUGAACCCUUAACCUUCAGAGAUAGAAAUCCCUCUACAGAGCUGAGAGCCGACCAGGAGAAAUCCAAGGUUCCCAUCAGUCACUCUGACAAUGAACACAAUGAGGCAGAUCUGGCCUCCAUAUUCAUGCUUCUAGAGGAGAACAUCAUCACUUUUGUGAAGACUGAGCUGAAGAAGUUCCAGGGAGUUCUUAGUCCUGAUUACCCAGAGUGCUUUGAGAGGCAGAAGAAGGAUGAGGAGGAGGUGGUGGAUGGUGGAGAGGAAGAACAGAGGAAAAGCAGCACAGGGGCACUUUUGAAGAUUGCACUGCACUUCUUGAGGAGAAUGAAGCAGGAGGAGCUUGCUGACUCUCUACAGACCAGAACUCUUGCUGCAGAGCCCCAAAAUAAACUCAAAAUAAACCUGACAGAGAAGUUCCAGUGUUUGUUUGAGGGAAUUGCUAAAGCAGGAAACCCAACACUCCUGAAUGACAUUUACACAGAGCUCUACAUCACAGAGGGAGGCAGUGGAGAGGUCAAUGAUGAACAUGAGAUCUGGCAGAUUGAAACAGCAUCCAGGAAACCAUCAAGACCGGAAACUUUGAUUGCAUGUAAAGACAUCUUCCAACCGUUACCCGGGAGGGAUCAUCAACCAAUCAGAACAGUGCUGACAAAGGGAGUGGCCGGCAUUGGGAAAACAGUUCUAACACAUAAGUUCACUCUGGACUGGGCUGAAGGUAAAACCAACCAAAACAUUCAGUUCACGUUCCCAUUCACUUUCAGAGAGCUGAAUGUGUUGAAAAAGAAAAAGUACAGCCUGGUGGAGCUUGUUCAUCACUUCUUUACUGAAACCAAAGAAGCAGGGCUCUGCAGGUUUGAAGAGUUCCCAGUUGUGUUCAUCUUCGACGGGCUGGAUGAGUGUCGACUUCCUCUGGACUUCCACAACAAUGAGAUCCUGACGGAUAUUACAGAGUCAACCUCAGUGGAUGUGCUGCUGACAAACCUCAUCUGGGGGAAACUGCUUCCCUCUGCUCGCCUCUGGAUAACCACUCGGCCUGCAGCAGCCAAUCGGAUCCCUCCUGAGUGUGUCGGUUUGAUGACAGAGGUCAGAGGGUUCACUGACCCCCAGAAGGAGGAGUACUUCAGGAAGAGAUUCGGAGAUGAGGAGCAGGCCAGCAGAAUCAUCUCCCACAUCAAGACUUCACAAAGCCUCCACAUCAUGUGUCACAUCCCAGUCUUCUGCUGGAUUGCUGCUUCAGUUCUGGACCAUGUGUUGAGAGCGGAUGAGAACAGGGAGUUACCCAAGACCCUGACUGAGAUGUACAUCCACUUCCUGGUGGUUCAGUCCAAAGUAGGGCACGUCAAGUAUUAUGGAGGAGCUGAGACGGAUCCACUCUGGAAUUCCAAGACCAGCAAGAUCAUCAUGUCUCUGGGAAAACUGGCUUUUGAGCAGCUGCAGAAAGGAAACUUGAUCUUCUACGAAUCCGACUUAAUAGAGUGUGGCAUUGAUAUCAAAGCGGCCUCGGUGUGCUCAGGGGUGUUCACACAGAUCUUUAAAGAGGAGAGAGGGUUGUACCAGGACAAGGUGUUCUGUUUUGUCCAUUUGAGUAUUCAGGAAUUUCUGGCUGCUCUAUAUGUUUUUGUGACAUUCAUCAAAGCUGGUGUCAACCUGCUGUCAGAACCACAAUCAAGUUCCUGCUGGCCCCAGCUGACAUGGGAGAAGUCCAAGGUGAAUCCGCUGUACAAAAGUGCUGUAGACAAGAUCGUGCAGAGUCUAAAUGGACAUCUGGACUUGUUUCUUCGCUUCCUACUGGGGUUCUCACUGCAGACCAAUCAGACCCUUUUGCGAGAACUGCUGACACCAUCAGGGGGCAGCUUCCAGAACUAUCAGGAAACAGUCAAAUACAUCAAGAGGAUGAUCCGGAGGAAUCCGUCUCCUGAGCGCUGCAUCAACCUGUUCCACUGUCUGAAUGAGCUCAAUGAUCAUUCUCUAGUGGAGGAGAUCCAACAUUACCUGAAUUCAGGAAGCCUCUCCACGGACAAACUGUCGCCUUCUCAGUGGUCAGCUCUGGUUUUCAUCUUACUGUCAUCAGAAAAAGACCUGGAUGUGUUUGACUUGAGGAAAUACUCUGCUUCAGAGGAAGGUCUCCUGAGGCUGCUGCCAGUGGUUAAAUCUUCAAGAAUAUCCUGCCUGAGAGACUGUGAGCUGUCAGAGAGAAGCUGCGAAGCUCUGGCCUCUGUUCUUGUAUCCAAGUCCUCCAAUCUGAGAGAACUGGAUUUGAGUAACAAUGACCUGCAGGAUUCAGGAUUAAACCUGCUGAUUGCAGGACUGCAGAGUCCUCUCUGCAGACUAGAAACUCUACGGUUGAGUGGCUGUAACUUCUCAGAGAAAAAUUCUGAGGCUCUGGCCUUAAUCGGCACACAGCCCACCAGUCUGAGAGAGCUAGACCUGAGUAACAAUGACCUGCAGGAUUCAGGAGUGAAUCUGCUCUCUGCUGGCCUGGCGAGUCCCCACUGUACACUGGAAAUUCUACGGUUAUCAGGCUGUCAGGUCACAGUGGAAGGCUGUGCCUCUUUGGCUUCAGCUCUGAGAUCCAACCCGUCCCAUCUAAGAGAGCUGGACCUGAGCUACAAUCAUCCAGGAGACACAGGGGUCGAGCUGCUCUCUACUUUACUGGAGGAUCCGCACUGGAGACUGGACACUCUUUGUGUGGACCACGGUGGACGACAUCGCUUGAAACCCUUCAUGUUUGUCUGCGACCUCACGCUGGACCCAAACACAGCAAGCAGGAAGCUCUCUUUGUCCAACGACAACAAAACAGUGACAGAGGUGAAAGAGGAGCAGCCUUACCCCGAUCACCCGGAGCGAUUUCACCACUGGAAGCAGGUUCUGUGUAGAGAUGGUUUGGCUGGGCGCUGCUACUGGGAGGUGGAGUGGAGCGGAUGGGUCAACAUUGGAGUGGCGUACAAAGCAAUCAAAAGGACGGGAGAGCGUGAAGAGUGUUGUCUUGGCGAGAACGACAAGUCCUGGGGCCUCUUCUGUACUGCUAACGGUUACUCUGCCUGUCACGAUAAAAGGACAACGGAGAUACGAGGUAGCCGAGCCUCCUUUGGUGCUGGCAGAGUAGCAGUGUAUCUGGACUGGCCUGCUGGUAUCCUGUCCUUCUACAGAGUCUCUGCUGACAAACUGAUCCACCUCCACACCUUCCACUGCCCAUUCACUGAACCCCUCUAUCCCCUGCUCCGGUUUAAUUUAACGUCUAUGUCUGGUUCUUCGGUGUCUCUGUGUAAGAUUGAAUGGGAGGAAUCAGCUCCAGUGUAAAAAAAUGACCCUCACUGUUCUCAAACUGGGAUAUGUUGCUGAAUUAUGGACGAAAGAUGUCCAGAUAAACAUGCUCACAUCUGCGUUUCAUUUGGAUUGCAUUUAUGUAUUAGUUACUGGUGUUCAAAAUCAAAAAAAUGUUGCUUAUCCUGAGAGAUUGUAGCUAAAUAUCCUGAAAGUGGAAACUUUUUUUCAUAGUGCUUCAAAUCAGAGUUUUGAUUUCAAAAGUGGGGGAGGGACACUGGUAUUACUAAAGGCACAGUCUCCUUUUAAAUUUCAUACUGGUCUAAAAAUUGUUCAAUUUUCCUUUUUGGAUAUACCAAUUUUUUUUUUAUACUUUUAACUAGAAUGUUGUUUCCUUGAUUUCACAUCCAUGCCAUGUUAUUCUGCUCCAAUGCAGAAGUCCAGUUUGCAGCUGUAUGGUCCAAAAUGAAUCCAAGAGUGAACUGAAUCUAAUUUGUGAAUUUAUCCAUCUAGUUCCACAAAGCUUAACUUCUAAUUUGACCUUAAAUUCAUACUGUAAAGCUUACUGAUUGGUUGUCUUACAGCAAUGCUCUCUGGGAUUUGUGGUUGACUCCUACUAUUUAACAUUUUAAAGCAAAAAAAAUGUCUGAUCUUCUGUACUGAGAGAUUUAUGUUCAUGUGUUGAAAAUGUCCUGACAGACAUUAACCUGAUAUUAAAGUCCAUAUCACGUCAACUGAACUCUAAUUAAAAAAUAAAGGAAAUAUUUUCCGGUGUUGAGUGCGCUGCUUCCUCUAAUUUCGUGUUACAUUCCUAUUUUGAUCCAGCAUUGAUUUAAAGUUAUCCAGUUCAUUAGGAUAUUUUUGUGGCUUCUUUCCUAGGAUUUUGUAUUGAAAUACUGUUAAAAUAUGUAAUUUGAUGGCACAAUUGUGAAACCAAGUGUCUUCUCACACUCA